UGCCGAGUGCUCUCAAUGGACUGUCGGCGGAUGCUCUGCGUCUUGCUCUGCAUGAUCUACAUGCUUCACGUCACCGGGCUUUGGUGGGCUAUGGGUAGACAUCUGGUUUUGGAUCCAGGCCGUAUCUGUCGGAAGGCGAGGCGUCUGAGAGGUAAACAGGCUUUGAUAUGCAAGAAUGAGCCGGAAGUAGUGACAGCUAUUGCUGAAGGAUCUAAAAAGGGAAUUCAUGAAUGUCAAUACCAGUUUCGCUUCCGAAGAUGGAACUGCACACAAGCUAAACGAUCUUUAAAAAAAGUACUUAGCAGAGAUACUAGAGAAACGGGAUUUGUAAAUGCAAUAACGGCUGCAGGUAUCAUCUUCUCCAUCACGCAGGCUUGCAGUUACGGACAGCUACUGGAUUGCUCAUGCGAAAGAAACACCCCUCCUGUGCCUACAUCACAGCCAUCAGCUCCUCAAACUCAAGAUUCAUCCGAUGGUCGCUGGGACUGGGGUGGAUGCAGUGAUAAUAUCGAUUUCGGCUAUCGAAAGUCCAAGGAGUUCAUGGACGAUAGAUUCAGAAGACGAAGCGACUUAAAAACGCUUUUACUCACUCACAAUUAUGAAGCAGGCAGGCUGGCAGUAAAGCGGUACAUGAAGGUGGUUCAUAAAUGCCACGGGAUGUCGGGUUCAUGUGCUGUGAAAUCCACAUGGAGGAAACUGCCUGAGUUUCGUGAUGUAGGUAACAAUUUGAAAGAACGCUUCGAUGGAGCAGCUAAAGUAAUGCCAGGAAAUGACGGACAGGGUUUCAUCCCAGAAGGUGCUACGAUUAAGCCUCCAGAGAAAGAAGACAUCGUGUACACCGAAGAAUCUCCUAAUUACUGUGAACCUGAUAAGAAAACGGGGUCUCUUGGGACAAAGGGCAGGAUCUGCAAUCAUACUUCAAUUGGAGUAGACGGUUGUGAACUCUUAUGUUGUGGUCGAGGAUACGAAUCAGUGCGCAGAACUCAAAGUAUUAAUUGUAAGUGUAAAUUCCAGUAUUGCUGUGAAGUGCACUGCGAAACUUGCGACAAGAAACAUACAUUCAGCCGGUGCUUGUGACGUAUGAGCUCUCUUAGUGUCAUGUACUGUGCCAAUUUCUUUUAGAACAAUGUAUAUACCAACGCACAUUAUCAUUAUACUUUCAGAAAAGCUCAGUGAUCUCCAUCACGUUUGGAGAAUAAACCCGAUAAUUCGAUAUUUGUUUUAAGAUUAGACAGCAGAACUCAAAAUGAAUUGCCCGUUAGAGCUGUUGUAGUCUGAGGUGCAUCUGUGUGAAAACAUUUGACGGAAUCUAGUUGUUGACUUUUCGAAGAUAUGUUUGUUUAUUUGCCUAAAUUAUUGCUUUAGCUGUUUCGUUUUAUUGAUCUUUUAGAUAGCAUCCUCUGAUUUUAAUACAAAACUGAUUUUUGAGAACUGCUCAUUUAAAGAACGGUUUCAAAUUAAAAUCUUUCCCGUAUAUCUAUAAUUUAAACUAGAUACAUAGUAUGGUGGUAAGCGAAUCCGUCACAUAAAUAGUUAAAAAUUAGAAUUGAUCUGAAGAUUUUUAACCAAUUAAGAAUAUUCUAUUACUCAGAUUUAAUUUCAUUUUUCUUUAAAAUAUUUUAUUUUGCUUUUAUAUAAUAUUUGAUUCUGAUAAUUUAGUUGAGACAUAUGUCUUAAAACAUGAAGGCAUUUCUGUGGUAUAACAAGCCUUUUUAUGCUGAAUUUGAAGCUGCUCUUUAAUUCUCACUUUAGCGCAUUUUCAACAUUAAGUAAUAUAAUCUAAAUGUCUGAGUAAAGAAACAAAAGCUUGGCUUUAAAAUGCACUGCUGAUCCAAAACUUUCCUAAAUUUCUUAUUUAUUUUUAAAAGAUAAGAUUAAAACGCUAACUUCGAAGUUUUCAGCAUGAAAACAGGGCAAGCAAAUGCUGCUUACAAAUUUUGAGAGUGAAAUUUAUAAAAAGAUGUUGAAUUUUGCACUUUAGUGUGGAGUUCUGUAUAUUCUUCUACGCAAAAACUAAUCAUGUUUUCAUAUUUUAUUCAGACACUGACCGAAAGCAAUCCUUAAUAAAUGUUAAUUUUGAACAUUCCGGUAUACUGCAGUUUAAACGGUCGGUCUAGGACAGGCUAAAAUUUUGAAGAAAACAUGAAAGCAAUAUUGUCAUAAUCGUGAUCAUGAAAUAUAUGAAAGACAUGAAACAUAAAAAGCAUAAAAAUAUUAAAAAAAUAAUUAUCAUAAAUUUUUACUGCAAUUUCAUGGAAAGGAAAGGAGUAAACACUAUGAAAGAAAUGUUUUAAAGCAUCGAAAACGAAGAAAAGUUUUCAGAGAAAGGAAAAUGUGCAAGGUACCAUGAAGUAAUUUUAGUACAGUGAUAGAGGAAGAUUUUAGAAUAUUAAACAUCUCCUAAUAUUCUAAAAGGUUUAACUAAGCACAUUAUAUUGGUAAAUAAAAACAUGAAAGCACGAAGUAGAAAAAUAAUUAUUGCUGAAGCCUUUACUGCUGUUAAGUGCAAUGCAACAAAGUUAGGACGGUAGCUUUUGCGUUAAAUGACUUCUUCAUGUUCCACAAAAUUUACAGUUUAGGUCAUAAAAGUACGUUCAGGUACUUAGUGCUUAAACCUGCUUGUUGCAUAAUAACCAUUAGAAAUCGAUUUUAAAUAAUAAACUACGAAGUGGAGAGAAGAAAUAUUUAUUGUACUGUUUGUUAUUUUUGGAUGAUUCAUUUGGAAGAUGGACUGUAUUGUCACAUAUGAUUCAAAGAAUAUUUGCUUCCAUUUGUUGCCAAUUUGUUAUUGUAAAUAAUUUCGUUAAUUAAAUUUUACUGUUGAACCA